CCGCCGCGCGCUCUGCGCCUGCGCCGCGACCGCUCCCGCCCACGCGGUCUUCCAGCGCACUGUGACGCCACAGCGCGCCGUCGCCGUGACGUGGAGGCGGCGUGACGCAGGCACGCAGAGGGGUGCGCUGUUCAAUGAUUAUCCUGAAUUAAACCAACUGAGUGUUCUUCAUCUGUGACUUGGGCUGUUUUGAGGAUUUUUGUGUGCUGAGGAAUUAAGAUGGAUGAAAUGUUUUAUUGGCCAUAGCAGCAACAGGAUGUGUGAGAAUGUAGGAAAAGGAAGAAGAAUUUCCAACACCUACUUGAAUUGUUCUGGUUCAGGAACGUUGUCAUAUCUAUUAGAGGGCAUAAUGCAGAAUCCUUUACCUUUUUCUGCAGGUGGUGUUUUUUUGCAUGCUAAUCCUGCAGAGAAUCAUUGUGUCCAACAAAGUAUGCUGGAUCAGCAAAAACAAGAAACUUGUCCUGGAAAGACAGUAUCCACAGAUGAACACAAAUCCCCUUCUGAUAUCAUACAAAAUUCUCAGAAGAAAAGUCAGUUUAGGACCAUCGCUCCAAAAAUGGUACCAAAAAUUUUAACGUCUGGAGUGGUUUCUUGUCUUCAGUCAUCUUUGUCUGAACAAAAUACACCUAUUUCGGCUGCAGGUUCUAAACCGCUGGUAGUACCAACACAAAACUAUGCUGUGAUGCGGGUUGCUGGUCAUGAGGGGACUUUUUCUGUUUUGGCCUUGCCAUAUGUUAACCCUGCACUAACGCAGCAAAUCCAGCAGUCAAACAGGACCCCUUCUGAAAAUCUCAAGCUGCCUAUCCCUAGGUACCAAUCUGUAAGAAAUAAAUUGCUGGGUGAGAAAAAGGCAACUCAAAUCUCUGUUCUGGCUGCACAUAACAAGAUUCCUACCAAAGCCCAGAUCUCGUCACAGACUUCCCCCAAGACUACAUUAAUUGAAGACUAUCCUGAAACUUGCAGUAGUUCAGAUUCAUCUGGGCAAGUGAUAUUAAUGGACCGUGGUUCAGCUGAAAUUACAGUUGCCACAUUACUAAAUGAAAGCAACUGUAUGGAAUCGGGAUCUCCUUCACUAAACAAAACAGAUAUUGCUAAAGGUAACAUUUCUGGACCGUCUGUAGUUAAAGAUUCUUUAACCAAGCCGGCAAGUACAAGUAAUCCCAUGAAACUAAGUCUACACUCUGUGAAGACAGCAUUUGAAACCACAAAAGAUUCGCUCAUAAUGUCUGAGAAACUAAAAGAAAACCCCACAAAUUCUGCAAAUUCUGUCACUGUACUGUCACCAGCAGUUUUUGGCAAUGCAAUGCAGCUGACUCCAUCUGCACCAAAAGGAAAACUUCCUAUUCUGCCUUACGCAAGGGUAAAAAAUACGAUGUUUUCUAAAUCUAAGCAAAAUGCUAAUGCUAUGGAUGUAUCUAGUCCUUCAGUAAGAUCUGAAUGUGAGAAGAUACCAGCUUUGGUGAAAACCUUUCAUGUUCCUGUGAAAGCACCUGAUAAACGAUUAGCUGUAUCGUUUAUACAGGUCCCCAGACAAACCAUUCGAGAAAAUACCUUGUGUCCAUCCAAUAAAGUGGAUGUUGACAGUCUUAAAAAAUUGAAUGGUCUAUCCUCUAAAAGAAGAGGCAGAAAAAGAAGAACCCCAGAUGAUUUGUUGGCUUUUCAGUCCAAGCGAAGGAAAUGCAUUGUUAAUAAGUUUAGAGAAGGAAGAGAGAGGGCAAAAGUUGAUCUUCAGCAACCUCAAGACAAAAAAACAGAGGCAGUGAAAAAAUACCGUAGUAUUAGACCGAAGCCCAUGGUAGUUGUACAGGCUUUUGCACCGCUGACAACUGCAGCGAUAGUGGAGACAAAAACUCCUGAUCAUUUAGAGCAUGAUCUUUUUUUAAAUAGCUCACUUCCCAAUAAGUAUUUAAGUUACAAGCAUAAUGAUGCCACCUCUGCUAAAACAAGUGAUUUAAGUAGAAAUGUAUAUUCAACUGUACCUAAGCUAUGGCAUAAAUGUCAUGUCUGUAACCAUAACUUCCAAUUUAAACACCAUCUUCAGGACCAUAUGAACACUCAUACCAACAAAAGGCCUUACAGUUGUCGGAUUUGCCGGAAAGCAUAUAUUCAUUCUGGAAGCCUGAGCACACACAUGAAACUUCAUCACAGCGAAGGCAGACCCAAAAAGCUUGUGUGUUGCGAGUUCUGUGCUAAAGUUUUUGGCCAUGCAAAAGUAUACUUUGGCCAUCUAAAGGAAGUUCACAGGGUUGUUAUCAGCACAGAGCCCUCUACUAGUGAGCAACAGCUGCAAGAUGCUUUAAAGAACAGAGGUACAAAUAUGAAAGAGGCAGAAGAAGCAACAGAGAGAGGAAAUAAAUGCAAUUUUGAAGACCUUUUCCAUAAUCCAGGAGAAGUCAAAUUACAGAUCAAAUGUGGUCGAUGCCAGUUUAUUGCGCAGUCUUUUGCUGAAAUGAAGUUUCAUUUAUUGUGCUCUCAUGGAGAAGAGAUCCAGGGACGAGUAAAGGAAGGGAUUUUGCAAGGAAACAGAGGAACUAAGGGGGAACUGGUCAAACAUGCAACUCACUUGUGGAAACAGCGCAAUGAGAGAAGACGUUUAGCAAAAUCCAGUGCUUGUGAGGAGGAGUUUUAUACUUUUCCAAAAUUGAAAAGGCAAAUAUAUUUUCACCAUCAAAAUAAUGUUGAUGUGUUAUCUAAAAGCGAAAUGACUCAGUCAGGAAACAGCGAAGCAGCCAAGGAGAUGCAAAAUGUAGGUUGUGGUGCACAGAGCAAAAAGAUUGAAAUUUGGUCUAGGGCUGGGUAUAACUGCAUUUUGUGCAAACAGUUAUUUGGAAGAAAAGAAGAUCUUUGUAAUCACUGGCAGAGUCAUCAUAACUGUGAAGACCCUUCCAUUUUAUGGACAAUUUUUAAUUUGUUCUCAAAACAAGGAAUUAUUGACCUUUCUAAUAAUGGUGAAUAUUAAAGCUCAAUUUUGCAAUGCUAUGAAAAACAUGAGCUAAAUUCCUGAGUUAUUGUGUGCUUUUGCUGUGUUGUGAAAUUGACUCAAGAAAAAUAUCACUUGAGAGGUUUGUUUGAUUGUUUUGUUUGGUUGAUUGGGAUUUUUUUUAAGUUAUCAUUUGCAAUCUUUGCUCACCUUUAUUUUGUUAAAUAGAAAAUGUAUUCACCCAUUAUCUUUCCAGAUGGGUACAUGCAAGCCUGUUAUGAAACACUGUGCUUAGUUUUCAUGUGUUAGGAAGUUAACAGCAAAUACGCAAUGCGAAUGGUUAAAAUUAAGGAGAGAGAUGCUCAAGAUACAUUAUACUAUACACACUAUACACAUAUACACUAUACACAAUGAAUCAGUUUACAUGAAGUAAUUGUGAUCUUGACUGGAAUGACAAACCAGACUGAAAGCUUAAUUUGAGUCCCAACUCUGCUUCCAGAUUUUGUGGUAAAUAUGUAUUCGCAUACAGUUCUCUAGAUCAUGUGAAUGUGCGUACAAGCCUAUAUUUGGAGUUUUAUAGCUUAAGAGCUUUUAAAUCUUGUUUUCUUGAUUUCAGUGUCUUCAGCCUUGUUUGUUGCCCGCAGCUUUGUUGUUGGCAAGCCUUUCAGGUGUUAUGUUCUGCCCUGAUAACAGCAGAGAUCUUUAGAUUUUUUGUAAACUGAAAAAAAUCACAUGUAUUUUUUCCUUUUUGCCUGUAGCCUACUUUGGGAUCAAGACGGGUUAGUUGUUGCCUGUGAAGAUGGAACUCUCAAAGCUUGACUGUUUUAUGAAAAAAAUGUUUGUUUUAAAAAUAGUAAUAUGAGUUUGUUACUUCUAGGAAGUUUGACAUUCUGCAAUAGAUUGCAUGAUUCACAGUGCACUUUAAGCAUAUUCUUUGCACCUCAUGUGACAGCAGCACUACUGCUGUCAACACCUUUAGCAUUCUGCCGUUAGCAUUCUUGCUAUAUAUCUCAUGUACCUGUGCAGUUGGCCCAGUCUGUGGCUUUAAAGGGAAAUCGUCCUUCCACCUCUAAAUAUCAUAAGUUUAUCAUAGGUCAUAAGUUUUUUCCUAUGUGUUGCCAAAUUUACUAUACUACAGGAAUUGCAUGCAGCACCUUAACUUUCCCAUAGAUAUCAUCUUAAGCAUAGAAACAAAUAAUAACAGUUAUUUUACUAGGAUGCAAACCCAUAAUAACCUGUAAUGCAGGAAUAGUGCAUGCUGUCUCCUCCAGUGCAGAACAGACCCAGUAAAUUACAAUUUCAGCACAUCUACAAGGGGGAAAGUCAGACCUGACUGGAAGGACAAAACUUGUAUGCAUACCUCGGGUUUUUUUAAGUUUCAGACUGCAGCACAGUUUUACACUGAGACACUGCAAAACAAUAGAAAAGAACUACUGAUGAAUACUAAGGAAUCCCUAUGAAGUUAUACAGAAUUCUUCAAAAUCUGAGUUUUCAUUUUUUUAAAUAAAAAUAAUUGUUCCUAUUGCAAAAUAGAAGCUUAUACUGCUGCAUCACAGUUUUUUGUGUUGAUAAUCUAGUUAGCCAUUUAUAAAUGUUUUUCUGAUUGUUGCAACAAGAUAAAGUUCUGGAACUCAGUUUUGAUGAAAAGUUCAUUGAAGCCAUUGAAACUAGUCUAAAAUUUGUGUUUAAACUGCUCUUACUUAAAAGCCUAACGCACGUCUGAAUUAUUUUGGGAGCAAUAGUGGAGACAGUGUAGGAAGUCAGUAUAUCGUUUGAGAGAAGUGAGAGCAUGUUAGAUGACAAAGUGAAAAAUACACCAGUCCCAUUUCUACACCACGACUUCAUUCAUUUCUUUUUGUGGUCAAACUGUAAUUGAGGGAUUGCAAUGGUGAAAGAGUCUUUCUCAAAAUGUCCAGGGUGGCCAUGCGUUGCUUUGCAGAAAUGGUGAUCAAAACAUGAAAAGAAGAGGUCUAAAAAUGUUCCGGAAACUGUUGCAGUAUUUUGUGUGCAUGUGUAUAUGUGUUGUUUUUAAAUAGUAAAGGCAACUUUGAGCUAGUAGUUUUGAAUGACAUUUCUUAUCUUAUGGUGCUUUGCCUGGUGUUGAACUAUGAGAAUGGAGCCAAGUAAAAUAAAAGACAAAAGGAAAUUUCUCAUUGAACUGUGCAGGUGUUUGAUAAGUGGAAGAUCCCUAUGGAUUUUCACAGCUUCCUUCUUAGGAUCUGUUGCUAUAAAAAAACAGUUGUGGUGGUUUCGUUGCUUUUGUAUAUUAUUUUCAAUGCUGAACUUCUUUAAAUAUACUGUUUAUUCUUAAUCCUUUAACUUUCAAAAUCAAACAAGUUGGUGUUUUCCCUGAAAAAGAAAGGUGAGAAUAGUCCCUCCUUCACAUAGUUAAAUAUAUCAAAGGAAAGUUCAUUCCUGGCCUAAAGCACACAUUUUAAAGUUGGGCAAAAACUUAACACAGAUGAUCAGACCUUUAGUAUUUUUAUUUAGAACACAGACCUUUAGUAUUUUUAUUUAGAACAGACUUUAGAUCACUUUUCUUGCAAAAUCAUCAGUUCUUCAGUGUAGUUCCUCAUGUUCAGGAACAGCACCAAUGAUGACAGAAUAGUCCUUCAAAAAUCUUAUCAAACAGUAUUUGCUAAGACUAUUGGUGGAUCAGAGCCAGCGAUGCAAAUGACUUGCUUGAUGUUGUUUAUCAAACAAGAACAGUCACUCAUUUUCAUGUAAGAAAAGGGGGUUGCGAUGAUGAGCGGAGUGAGGGUUGGGAUGAGGGGCUGUUGCUUAUUUAACUGGAAAUUUUCAGUGCAUUGAUUUUUUUUUUUUUUUUCCCCACCAUAUUUUUGAGCUUUUCAUCCUUUCUCUGGUGCAGGCCAAACAGGUAAAGGGGUCUCAGCCUUCAGCAAUUUAAAGCCUGAAAGCAUGUUUUAAAGCAUGGCUCUAAGCUACUUCUCAGUGUUCUCAAAAAUGCUUAAAAUUAGAAGCCUUUUUUAUCAAGCCUGAAGACAUUCUUACAUUUCAGGCUAUUAUGAUUACACUAGAUUAUUCAAGGUUGGAAUUUUUUAAAAUAGCUUGCAAUUAAAUAUAGAUGUAUCCUUUGUUUAAUGUGUGUUUGCUUUGAAUUUGUGUUCAUUCUGAUAACAUUCUGAGGUAUGAAGUAAGCCUUAUGUACAGCAACAUUAAAUAGUGCGUGUUUGCUGCUCAGCAAAUGGUUGUCAUGAAUACAGUUUGCUGUUUACCUUAAAGUUGGACAAGCUAACAUCUGGUUUUGCACAUAAAUUAUAUUUUUAAAUUGUUGAAAUGAAUGUUACUGUUUUUGUAGCUGUAGUUUUGUUCCCUUCUGAUUUUUCAUUAAAUCUCUGCUUUAGCUUCACUGUUCAACUUUAAAGCUGUUCCUCAUGUGGAAAGUUGUUUCUUCAUCAUCACACCAUAAAUAAUCAAAGCUGGAUGAGUUCCAUUGCUUCUCUGGCUUGCAGAAUAUUGCCCUUCUCCAGCUGCAGAGCUACAGUUUCCUAUUGUUAACUUGACAUAGUUGCUGGCAGUAAAUGCUUUACUUCAUUAAUUUGUUAGAAUUUAGAUAUCUGCUGUUUAGCCCCAUCAAAGUUUCUGUCAUACCUCAUUAGAUACUUAUUUUAUCUGCUAUUCACUGAGCUCUUUAGAAUAAGGAUGAACAGGUAUUUAGGUGAGCAGAUUUCUACCCUAACUUUGUGCAGAUGACGCUGAUGUUUGAGAAUCAUCAGCUUAUCUCGGCUCAGCCAUGCAGUAUAUUAUAUUUCUACAACACACCGACCUACAUACGCAUGUAGUUUGGAAGGAAAUAUAUACCCUGAAUUCAACUAAUGUCAGUUACUGUUAUCAAACCUGUACAAUGUAGGUUCAUGCUUAAUGUGCAUAAAGAUUAAAAUGCUAUUAACUGUA